AUGACUGACAAAACAUCAUUUAGGGACCUUUUAAAUUCUCGUAAGAGCAAUCAUGUCUUCUCCAAGGAGGGUGUUGAUGAGGUUAUGUGGAAGAAAAUAACAGAUCUCAUCAAUCACUGGGAUUCGAAAUCCGAAUUUACAAAUAUGACUGUCCGUCUCCAUUUUCAUGACAAUAAACUUGGAGCAAGUGACUUUUCUGGCGAGCUUGGUUGGGUUAUUGGCUCUUAUUUCUCACCAAAUGAUAAAUCACGCGAAUACUUAUACCAAAUGGAAGUAGCAUAUAGACUAUUCAAACUUUCGAUAGAUUUACAACGCAUUGGUGUCGCAUCUUGCUUCGCAACAUACUCAAUGGAUGAAGUUAAAGCGACAGAGCUCUCUAAACCAUUCCAUUCAAUGGAAUUUUCUGCUCCUAUAGCUCUUGUUAUAGGCAUUGCAUCUACAAAAGGAUCUAUCAUUUCCAAGUUUAAAGGCUGGUUAACAUCAGAUUCUUACAGAGUUCCUCUUGACCAAUUACUCAUUGAGCCAGAACAAUCAAGUAAGUUUGUAGUUGGAAAGGUUCGCGACGCUCUUACCCUUGCUACAAGAGCUCCUUCAAUUGGAAACAUGCAAACAUGGAGAGUACUUGCAAAAGAUGGAAAGAUAGAUUUCUACGCUGUUAGUGAAGUUCCAGAGAAGUUUUUCAACCUUGGCUGCUUUAUUGCUGCUUAUGAUAUCGCAGCAAAGGGUCUUAAGCUAAAAGGAAGCUGGAAGAACUCAUCCCAUAUCGAUAUUGAAGGAGAUUAUGGUAUUUCUUUCAUAUAA